UCUUCACAAACAAGACAAUGAGUAGUACUUCUUUUGUUGUUGCCUUAGCUCUGUUUCACUUGAGCUUCUUUCAUCUCAAUUUCCACCAAUCCAAAUUUGAAGUGCAAAAGCCCUACGAUGUGUCUCAAGACCAGCCGGUGUCCACAAGCUCUGGGUCUCUUCCACGCACCGAGAUCCGUAUUCGCGGCUACGAUUAUUCCUCGGGUACUUGGCAAUUUGAAGGUUAUGGAUACGUGCCAAGCGGCACGACUGGUGUGAGCAUCAUGCAGGUGUUCGGAGGAAGUAGUCGAGCCACGACCUUAAUGGUUAGAGUUUAUGAUGGCUCGCUUACCAACUACCGAAGCCCAGUGCUAGCGUCCAACAUCUAUAACAAGUGGUUUCGAUUAAAUGUAAUUCAUAAUGCAGAUGCUGGAAGAGUUCAGAUUUACAUUGAUGGGACUCUCAAGUAUGACGGCUCAGAUGAUGGAGGCAGCUCCCAUUACUUCAAGUUUGGGGUUUAUACCCAGAAUGAUCCCUCCAGCUACAUGGAGUCACGUUGGAAAGGAAUCAAAGUUUGAGGAAAUAAUCACUAUGUGAUGGAUGAAAAUGUGUAAGAUGUUGGGAUUCAUAAAUAAAAUAGAAUAAAUUCAUGCUUAGCCUAAUUUUGCUUGCUGAUUCAUGAAG